GAUCUUCUGGACCGCCUUUCCCUGAUCCGCCCCUGGACCACACCGGCUAUAUAAAACGUCUCUCACGUGUAAAACACGUGCACGCACCAACUCGAAAAAUCCCUAACCUCUCUCUCGCCUUCAGCGUCGCUCCGCGCGAAAAGCAAAGCUCUCGACCUCCAGCGCCGAAGCCCCAGCCCCGUCGCCUCCCUCCCUCCCUCCAGCGCCGAAGACCUAGCCCUGUCGCCUCCCUCCCUUCCCUCCCUCCCUCCAGUGCCGAAGCCCUAGCUCCGUCGCCUCCCUCCCUCCCUCCAGCGCCGAAGCCCUAGCUCCGUCGCCUCCCUCCAUCGCGACGACCUCCAGCGCCGACCUCCAUCGCGACGACCUCCAGCGGCCUCCAGCAUCGCGGCGACCUCUCUCCUGCGGCCUCCAGCGACCUUCGCGCCCUCCAGCCCCUGCGACGACCUCCAACGGCCCCCUCCAGCGACCUUCGCAACAUCCAUUGCAUCGCCGACCUCCCUCCCGCUGCCAUCACCUCCAGUGCAUCCCUACAAACGUGUUCCUAAUUUCCCCAACGUACACGUCAAUUCUUACAAAGUGUUCCUAUUUGCCCCAUUUAUCAGUUUAUUCUUACAAAUUGAAUCAACUUAGACUUGAACAAUCACCAACUGACAUCAUGGUUUUUUUCUAAGAAUAUAAGAUAUGGAUUUUGAUUUCUGCUACCCUAAUGGUUGUGAAUGAAUCUAUCUGUUUUUCAUGUUGUAAAAAUAAAGAACACGCCUUUUAGGACUUGACAACUGUGAUCGCUGAUACAUUACUUGCAAUUAUGGAUUACAUGCCAUUCUUAAUUGUGGUACUAAUUUUUACAUUUUGAGGUUACUUGGAUAUUUUGCAGUUAAGAUGUUUUCUAAUAUGAUGCACUUUUUGUGUAUGGUCAUCAUACCUAGACUUUGCUUGAAGAAAGGUUCUUGAGUAAUUUUGCACAGAGUGAGGAACACUCUUCUAUGGCAGGUAGAGAAUUCCGUCAGCUCACCCACUGUCCUCCUUUAUCUGGGUUGAGUUUGUGCUCACCAUCAAGAUAAGGUUUCAGCUUGGACUCUAACCAUGGAGGGUGAAUCUACGAGUUGUCGUCAAUUGAACUUUGAAGAAAAUGAAGCUAGUCGGGAAGGUGACUUUGAUGUUAUUGAUGAAGGUAAUAAGAUUCAUAUUGGAAAUGUAUGGAGUUUCAAUAUAUCGAAUUUUACUUUUUAUACAUUUUUCUUUGUUUAUUUGAUUUUAUAGGCUUAAACAUUGAAAUAGAUUUGGAUAUACCACAAUUGGGGUUAGAAUUUGAUACGGAAGAAGAUGCAUAUCAAUUUUAUUUGGCAUAUGCUAAAAAAGUUGGAUUUGGCAUAAGGAGAGGAAAAAUCCACAAUGAUAAAUCGGGUAAAUUACUUGAUAGAGUUUUUUAUUGUUGUGCUCAAGGCAAAAGAGGAAAAGACAAACGAGAUAUUUAUGUCAAAGCAAGUCGUGAUGAAACUAGAUUUGGUUGUGAGGCUAAAAUGAAGAUUAGUAUUCGAAAAAAAAGCAAGUUUACUGUGGUGCAAUUUGUUAAAGAGCAUAAUCAUUAUCUCUCAAGUCCAAACAAAACUCACCUCUAUAGAAGUCAUAGAAAUAUAUCUUUUUCUGCAGCGAAACAGAUUGAGAUUGCAAGUGAUGUGGGAAUCCCCCCAAAAGCAUCUCAUGAUCUUAUAGAGAGACAAGUAGGUGGGAGGGAGAAUUUAGGAUUUAUUCCUGAGGAUUACAAAAACUACUUGCGAUCCAAAAGAACAAUAAAUAUGAGAGUUGGGGAUACAGGGGGUGUAUUGGAGUAUUUGCAGAAAAUGCAGUUUGAUGAUCCUAAUUUUUUCUAUGCUAUUCAAGUUGAUGAAGAUGAUUUGAUUACUAAUAUUUUUUGGUCUGAUGCUAAGAUGAGAGCUGAUUAUGCUAAUUUUGGAGAUGUUAUUUGCUUUGACACAACCUACAGAAAGAACAAUGAAGGUCGGCCAAUUGCGUUAUUUGUAGGUGUUAAUCAUCAUAAACAAUCGAUACUUUUUGGUGCAGCUUUAUUAUAUGAUGAAACUAGUUUGACUUUUGAGUGGUUGUUUGAUACAUUAAAUAGAGCUACGGGUGAGAAAAAACCAACUACUAUUCUUACAGAUCAAGAUGCAGCAAUGGCAAAGGCAUUAGCUUCCAGAUGGCCUGAAACACAUCAUCGUUUGUGCAUUUGGCACAUUUAUCAAAAUGCCACCAUACAUUUGAGUGGAGUUUUCUCUCAGUUUAGAGACUUUGCUAAAGAUUUUACUUCAUGUGUGUAUGAUUUUGAUGAAGAGGAAGAUUUUAUUUCAGCUUGGAAUUUGAUGUUGACCAAGUAUUCACUUGAAGACAAUGAUUGGUUGAGACGCAUGUACAACAAAAAGGAAAAAUGGGCUUUAGUAUAUGGACGACAAAUGUUUUGCGCGGAUAUGACUACAACCCAAAGAAGUGAGAGCAUGAAUAGUGUUGUGAAAAAGUAUGUGACUUAUAAACAUAAGUUUUUAGACUUCUUCAAUCACUUCCAAAGACUCCUUGAUGAUCGUCGAUAUGAGGAAUUAAAAGCAGAUUUUAGAUCAAAUACAACAGUUCCAUAUUUAAUGUUUCCAAUUGAGAUUCUAAAGCAUGCUAGUGAAAUUUAUACUCCUGAGGUAUACAAGUGUUUUCAACAAGAGUGGUGCUUAUCUCAUGAUUCAAGUUUAGAAAUUUGUGAGGAUGUUGAUGCAUUUACAAAAUAUAAAGUUACUCCUCACAAAAAGAGAAACUUGCAUAUAGUUACACUUUAUAAGAAGUCUAAAAAAAUUGAGUGUAGUUGCAGAAAAUAUGAAUUUGCUGGAAUUUUGUGUUCUCAUAUUCUGAAAAUAUUUACGUGGAAUAAUAUCAUGAAGAUCCCAAGUGAGUAUGUAUUGAAAAGGUGGACAAGAAAAGCAAAAAUUGGAUAUUUUGGAGUUUAUGAUUCAAUGGCCAACAAUGCUAGUUUGGAUCCAAAAGUACUUCAAAACAUGCGAUACAAAGAUUUAUGUGGGUUGAAUGUUCAAUUGAUUACCAAGGCAGCGGAAAGGGAUGACACUUACAAUGUUGUUAAAGAUGCCAUGUUGAGCUUGUGUAAGAUGGUGGAUGAUAAGUUACAAUUCAAUGAAUCAAAUGUCCAACAAUCAAAAGUGAGCCAAGAAUCCUUGCAAUUUGAUUAUGGUGAAGGGAACUCUACAGGAGUGAAAGGAAUUAAAACAAAGAAGAAAACGGUCUCAAGUAAAAGGUUGAAAGGUGGGUUAGAGAAGAUUUCAAGGAAAGGAAAAGCAACGAGGAAAAUAAACCAAGCUUCAACGAUUGUAAUGGUUUCUACUCCAUAACUUUUAAAUUUUUAUUUAUUUGGUAUUAUUUGUUGUUAAAUUUGAAUAAUGUAAAUCAUUAAUUUUUUUUUUGUAUAAUACAGGAUGUAGAUCAAACUAUUUCCAGCAUGCCCAUCGUACAAUAUGAUCGGAUCAAUCAUCAACUUAUAAAUUCUGUGCCAACAAUUGGUAGCUCUGUUGAUAGUGUGAGUAUGACUGAGACUCAAUUCCCACCAUUAUUAGCAUCCCAACUUUCACAGGUGCAUCAAUCAUCUCAUCUUGGUUAUCUUCCAACAAAUUAUUUACCGUAAUGCAGUUAGUACAAAGGUUUUUGUAAAAUUUGGAAGCUGCAGAUUUUUGAUGGGCUAAAUUUCUCUUAUAUUGUGAAAAUUAAUGGAUGAAGAAUUAUAUUCUACUGAAGUUGUUUUAUGAAGAAUUAGAUUCUACUGUAGGUUUUUUUUUUUUAUGAAGUUGUUGUUUUCUGGACUAUUCUACUGAUGUUAAGAUUCUACUGAUGUUUUUUCGGUAAUUGUUUAUGAUGAUGUGUGCUUUGAGAUGUUUGAUAAUUUUCUAAUUCAUAGAGUAAUGGUUGUUGCUAAGGUGUUGUUUGAUGGCUGUUGCAGUGGUAUAGUGCAGUGUAAGAUUGUCAGUCUACAUUUCAGGGUAAGAUUGGCAGGAUAUAGGAUUUGGAAUAAUGUUGUGACUAGGUUCACUACAUACAUCACGACAAAUUAUUUUGUUUCAUUCAGUUCUUG